AUGACCAUCACGCUUCUGAUCGAGAACAAUUACGGAGGGUCGCUCCAAGCCGUCGAAAAAACCGUCUGGUACUCGGAGGCUGGUGGUGAAUGGAGCGGAGAUGGCAAUGAGCAUAUCCUUACGCUGGGGUCGUGGCGGGGCUCUGGUCUCAUCCGAUUCAAAGAGAAUAACGGGCAUUACUUCAGUGUUGUUGUGGGAAUCGGGUAUGCUCAAAAGCCGUGGUGUGAUGUCCAGGUGAACCUCGCAAACACCGACACUGGAGUAAAGCUUCACCCGGAAUACUACGGUGGUAGACUGGGAAGUGAGAGCCAUCGAGAGAUUACGCGCACCACUUCAAGCGGGAGGACGGUGAAGCUCACCUACAACGGGGGUCAGGCUGUUCUUGAGUACUCAUGA